ACUACUUCCGGGUUGUCAUAUUUACCUCGAUAUGAUAAAAUGUAGUUAUACAGGCAUAUCAUAACAAUUAUUGGUUAUCUAAUUCAUGUAAUUCAAAUUAAAUACUAUAGUACAUCAUUAUUUUGACUAAGACUCAUUCCAGUUUGAACAAUGGGCGGCAAGUUAACAAAUAAAGAUAUGGACCAGCUGGAGAACUGGAUCGGUACAGGUCCUAAAACAUUUACACUGCUUUAUGCCAUUACCAGAGAUGGAUGCAACCCCAAGGCUUUUCAUGAGAAAUGUGACCUCCAGGGACCUACUGUAACAGUGCUUUAUAAUUCUAGUGAAUCUGUGUAUGGAGGCUACAAUCCUACUUCCUGGAACUCGAAAACAGCUGGCCGUGUUGGCUGUCAUGACGCAUUCUUGUUCCAGUUAUAUUUCAACGGGAAUCUAAAAUCAAAUAAGUUUACUUCAAAAAAGGCACGGUAUGGAUAUGCCAUUGGAAAUAAUUCAAACUACGGACCGACAUUCGGAGAAACCGACCUCCGUACAUUUACUGGCACAGUUACCAAAUCUGGUUCCUAUUUCCCACUUAACGUUACUUCCACCUUUAAUGAGGAUUAUGAUAUGCAGGGACUCAGUGCAGAGGAUGUUUACAAUGAUAACUGGAAAGUCACUGAACUAGAAGUGUACAAAGUAACAUAUGAAAAAAUAAAAACACCUUGGCGUGAUGCCGGCCAAUGGAACGGAAAGUUUUUUGAGGAACUCAAGGAGGAGGUGGUUUCAUUCAAGCCUGUGUCUGAUUUAGAUAUAAGCUUUGCUCGGAUCCUGAUGAUUGGACCUGUUGGGGCGGGAAAAUCGAGCUUCUAUAACACAAUAGAAUCAAUAUUUCGUGGCCGAAUUACCCAGCGAGCUCGAAGCGGAAGUGCAGAGCAAAGCCUGACCACUUGUUACGUCCCAUACUCGGUAAAUGUCCCGUCUGGAGGAUCACUGAAUUUCCGGUUGUGUGACACACGUGGGCUAGAAGAGUCACAUGGUCUUGAUGUCCACGAGUGCAGUUAUUUGUUAGAUGGCAACGUACCAGACUAUUACCAGUUCAACCCGACGUCACCAAUAACACCAAAGACCCAGGGCUUCAAAACACAGCCUUCUACACAAGACACUGUGCAUUGUGCAGUUUUUGUGAUAGAUGCGACCACACUUGAUGUCCUGUCUACCAAAGUCAUGGAAAAGAUGAAAGGAUUUCAGAAUUUAAUGAAUCAAAGAGAUAUACCACAAGUUGUUCUACUGACAAAGAUUGACAAGCUCUGCAAGGAUGUUCAGAGCGACAUUUCUUUUGUUCACAAGAGCUGGAUAGUCGAAGAACAUGUUGACAAAGCAUCACAACUUCUUGGACUACCCAGAUGUAACAUACUUCCCGUGAAGAACUACGAGAAGGAGCUUAGACUGGAUGAGAACACCAGCAUCCUUGCCUUGCUCGCUCUUCGACAGAUUUUAUACUUUGCUGAAGAUUACAUGUACAGUCUCAGAGAAAGGAAGAAUCUUUUACAGAACUAAACAACGAAUAGCAGAUCCAUAGCGGAGUGGACGUUCAUAGUUCAGCAAAAUAUAUGUUACUUGUGCAUGUUCACUUCUAUGUAUCACUGACACUAUAUACCUGUUUCACUAACAUCCAAUAGUAUACCGUAUGUUGCAAAUGUUUGUAUGCUAGUAGCUUUCAAUUUUAGUAAUUCUUUUAUGCAAAAGUAGACAACACAAAUGUAUAGCUUUCAGCUCUGAUCUUUGUGAUCACUGAGUCCAGAAAAUGUUUCUGUACGAGUUCAGUCAUUGCUCUAUAGAGUCUAUGAUUUCUCCAUGGAAUUGGAAACGGAAAACAGUUUUAUCAUUAUGUUAGUUUUCUCUAUAUACUUUAUCACUACAUACAUGUUCGACUCACUGGUAACAAUAUUAAUUAGAUAGAUAAAAUUAUAGAUAAAAUGUCAAGUCGUGUUUUGAAUUAAAAUAGACAGCUUUUGUAUCCUGUUAAGUGACAAACCGUAACUAAAAAGUUUGCAUAAACUGAUAUUUAUAGGAAUAAAGAGACUACACGUGUGCAUUGUUACAUAUUUGGAUUUUAUUGUAAAAAUUCUUGUUGCAUUUCAGUGUUUAUAUAUCUCAUUUUUAUAAAAUGAUAGUGAUUUGAUGAUGUUGUUGUAGGGAUAAUACACGUUUUUUGUGUAUUAACGUCUGCAGAAGCCCGCGGGAUUGUUUGUGACCGAGACCGAAGGUCGAGGUCACAAACAUAUCCCAAGGGCUUCUAAACAUGUUUUAAAUAUCCAUAACCGGGGCACACAUAACAACAACAUUACUAAAAGCGUGAUUUGAAGGUUUUUGAGCAUCUUAUUUUUAUUUUUAGUUAUUACAAACGUUACAUUACACAUAAUUUUGCAUAUAACUUAAAAAUUUGAUAAACAGGAACACAAUUAUUUUAUGAAUAACAACUUUACAUUCGAAUUAUUUUGAGUACGAACAAACAGAGUACGGAUGAGUACGAAGCUAGUGACUAUAUAGCUUUCGAGGUUUAUUAUAUGAAUUCUGCGAACAAUCAGGUAAAAACAAACCGACUGAUACUAACAAAAGUCAUUAAUAUAAUACCUAAAAACGGGCAAUAGCACAAGUUACACGCGAUACUUAUUUAUUCACAGUUAUUUACAACAACUGAACAGACGCUUUGUAAAGGGAGUAAACUCUAAGAGAAGCUAGUGCGUAUAUUGAUGGGGGCAAUACGUUUGGGGUUGGAAACUGAUACAGCUAAACAUACUAUGGAUUACAUUGUGUCUAUAAUGCUACAAGAAGAGGUUAUUAUGGAAGAAACAAGAUGCAGAUGCCAAAUAUCAGUCUGCGCAGAAAUACAUACAUACGUCCCUGGCAAAGCAUUUCAAAAAUAAAAAUCAUGUAUUAACAGCACGUGAAUUGCCUUGUUUGCACACGAUUUUUCUCCCGUUUAUACAUAGGCGGAUCCAGUGAAAAAAGUAGUUUUUAUGCAAGAACGCUUUAUUAAGUUAUAGGUAUUGUAGUGUUCAUCGGCUAAAUGUAUUAGAUUAUGACAGAUCAUAUUAUACACAGUAAAAGUUCUAGUAGUUACUAUUUGUUCCAUAAACAGAACCUAAUGGGAAAAACAGUCAUGCUUAAGGUAGUUCUGCACGUUUGAUUAACCGUAUGAUCUGAAGGAUUUAAUGGAAAUCUACAUUAUAGAACAAAAUUUGAUCCAAACGUGAAGGACUACUUUAAGACUUAUAUAACGUUCAUAUAAAUGUUUUGUUUUGACUACAUUUCGUGUGAAUUUGUUUUGUUUUGACUAAAUUUCGUGAAAUUUAAUUAAAGCUACAAAACUAGGA